UCCUAUGUUUAGAUAGUUGCAGUGCCACGCCAGUGUCGGUACCGCGCGAGGAGUGCUGUAACCGUGGACAAUGAGAACGGAACGUGUCGCGACAGUCGAUUCACGAUAACCGCAGUGUAUCGUGUAAUAGUGUCAGUUUAAAGUGCUGUUAUGAGGGUCCGCAUUGAUUUUCCCUCCGACUAACCGGAUUAGGCGAUGAUAAGGAGUUGUCCCGGCCCGAACGUCUUCAGUCGCCGCCGAGCCAGUGGAGUGUGAGCACGACGGGGCUUCAUGGGCAGGCCACACGCUCGUGCCCGUUCAGUAGAACUCCAGUAGUGUAACGGUGAACAUGUCACGUCGCGACCGGUGUAUCGCGUCCGGACCUCUGUGAUGAAACGCUGUGAGAGGAUCGGUAGGGUCAAGUUCAAGUGAAUCUCUACAGGAGCUAUGCUGGACGUGUUUCGGGGGUUGAAGAACUUGAUCAAGGUCAGUCACAUACACAUCGACUCGCCGGUGUUCCGGUUACACUACAGCAUCACCGUCAUGAUCCUGAUCGCCUUCAGUCUGAUCGUGACCACGCGCCAGUACGUCGGCAACCCCAUAGACUGUGUCCACACCAAGGACAUCCCUGAGGACGUGCUCAAUACCUACUGUUGGAUACACUCGACUUAUACCAUCAAGACGGCGUUCAGGAAGAAGGUAGGGGUAGUGGUGCCGUACCCCGGCGUCGACAACACCCGUGGCAAGUCCGAGGACAAGAAAUGCUACGGGUAUUACCAGUGGGUCUGCUUCUGCCUGUUCUUCCAGGUGAGCGAGUAA